GUUUAUUUUAUAAUAUAUUUAGGCAGGGAGAGAGUUACUAGCACUGUCCAAUCAUCAGCUUAUUAUAUAAAUUAUAGUUAUUAGUUAAUUCACAUCUUUGCCAACAACAUGUCUGCAGUCAGUGAUUUGGAUAGGCAAAUAGAACAGUUACAGAAGUGUGAGAUAAUAAAGGAGAGUGAGGUGAAGGCCUUGUGUGCUCGGGCGAGAGAGAUCCUCAUUGAGGAGAGUAACGUGCAACGAGUUGACUCGCCUGUCACUGUAUGCGGCGACAUACACGGCCAGUUCUACGACUUGCAGGAACUCUUCAAAGUGGGAGGGGACAUCCCCGACACCAACUACCUUUUUAUGGGAGACUUCGUCGAUCGAGGUUUCUACAGUGUCGAAACGUUCCUACUGCUCCUGGCUCUCAAGGUCAGGUAUCCCGACCGCAUCAUGCUGAUCAGAGGAAACCACGAGAGUCGACAAAUUACACAGGUCUACGGUUUUUACGACGAAUGUCUUCGAAAGUACGGAUCGGUAGCAGUCUGGAGGUACUGCACGGAAAUAUUUGACUACCUCAGUCUCUCUGCCAUCAUCGACGACACCAUCUUCUGCGUGCACGGUGGCCUCUCCCCCUCCAUACAAACCCUCGACCAGAUCCGAGCAAUCGAUCGCAAACAGGAAGUACCUCACGACGGACCCAUGUGUGACCUUCUGUGGUCCGACCCUGAAGACACCCAAGGUUGGGGCGUGUCACCCCGAGGUGCAGGUUACCUGUUCGGGAGUGACGUGGUGCAACAGUUCAACACAUCGAACAACAUCGAGUUGAUCUGCAGGGCACACCAACUCGUCAUGGAGGGCUUCAAGUGGCACUUCAACGAAACUGUCCUCACCGUCUGGUCUGCACCUAAUUAUUGUUACAGGUGUGGGAAUGUUGCCGCUAUUUUAGAGUUGGAUGAACAUUUAAAGAGGAACUUUACCAUAUUCGAAGCCGCCCCACAGGAGCAGCGAGGAGUGAACCUAUCAAAGAAACCACAAGCAGAUUACUUCUUAUAACUCGCCUCACUCGCUCGCUCGUCUAAAUUGACCUAUCUUACUAAUUAUUUUCUGAUUAAUUAUCUUCCUUCAUUUCCUUAUUAUCAUUAUUAUUAUUGUUGUUGUUAUUACAUUUAUUAUUAUUUAUAAUUAUUAUUUAUAAUUAUUAUUUAUUAUUAUUAUUAUCGUUAUUAUAGCGUUGUCUGAUUCGUUAACUCUUAACUUGAUUGAGCAGUUUUUUUAUGAUAUACUAUGAAUGAACGUUUACAUUUUGAUUCGAAGUUUUAUUUGAAUUACACAAACUAUUCAAUCAAUCAAUUAAUUAAUUAGGAAAUUAAGAUAUUAUCUAAUUAAUUAAUUAAUUAACUGGCUAAUUGGCUAGUUAAUUGCCGGGUUAAUUAACUCAUGUCUGACUCGGGAUGGCCGGCACGGUUUAGGAGUUUCUAUUGUGUCAUUUCAAUUCCAGGCUUCUUGCUUUGUCUUCAUUCGCUCGUUCAGAUUGCCAUAGUCAUCCAUCGUCAUUAUUAAAAUGUCGAAAUCAUUAUUUAUCUAUGUAUCAAUGUUAUUAUCAUUAUUUAUCUAUGUAUCAUUAUUAUUUAUUUAUCAUUGUUAUUAUUAUCAUUACUGCUAGGAUUGCUGUUGACAUUUAGAUUUAUUAAUGCAAUAAAAUGGAUAAAAAUUGUUUGUCAUGCGUGU